AUGGCUCUACUAGCGAAAUAUAACGCAACUCUUCAACUCAUUGAAUCCGCCUCGCUCACACCCAUCGAGCACUCAAUCUGGAGAGCUUUUCUGAACGAGGCCGUCGAUCCAGAGCAUGCUGCUUGCUAUAUCUGGGAAAGGAUUCAUGAUUGCCCCGAUUUUUCGACAGAGCAACGACUGGUUACGAAUUUUCAGUCGAAACCGAGCGCGUCCCCACUGGCUCCUGUAUCUCCACUAACCAUAAAAUCAGUCAUCAGACGAGACUUGGUCUCAUCCCAAGCAUGCGCACUCGUUGAAACUCGAGAGAACUCACACUGUCUUAUGUUGAACAAGAAACCAUCAGGCCCCAACGUAUCCCUUCAGUUCGAUCAUGUCUGGGUGAUUCCACCGAGCCUUUUUGAUGAAAGUGACAUGGAUCCGCAAGGUCCUCUUUAUCCUCUCCUGCGGGGUUUUUUGACCCCUACCAAAAAAUCCGAGCUUCAGACAAUUUUACAGACUAACAAACUGGAAUCUCAGCUCAGAAAUCUAUUUCUACUCUCUCCUAGCGUUCAUUUGGCAUUCCGGAAUGGAAAAGUCCAAAUACUUCCGCCAACAAAUACCCCCGAUCAGUGGAACGAUGAAACCGAAACCAGAAUCAAAACUCCCACCGAAGUUUAUCCUUACGGGCGACUUUUUCUUAGCUAUGGUAGCCACUGGAAGUCAACAAUGCAAAUUUUCAUCAUGGAGAGCCAAGACACCAAUUAG